GACAGUCCAAGAUUGAACCUCCUUGUACAUAUUCCACCCUGAGAAUACACCAUCCUGCUCACUUUAGAAAGGGCUCACCGUUUCAAGUGAGCUGCUUUGCAUUGUUCAGCUACGUAGCGCCUUUCGCUUUUAGUUUUGGUGCUUGUUUUAAUUCAUUUGACGCACUUUAAAUGCUGUACAAGCACACAGGAGACACAACCAGCGCCUUUAUGAUUACUGAUAUGAGUAACCAACAUAACACCUGUUAAUAUUCUGCAAAAUAAUUAAAUAAAAUAGUUGUCUUCCCAGCAGAUAACUUUGCUGGGUUUUAUAUAAUUACAGGUUGAGGCACAUCUUAUGUAUUUUUUUUUAAUGCAUUUAAAAUGCCUGAUGUCACAAAUGACAAAGUUGCACUGUGAGCUGUGCAGACUGUACAGCCACACGACAAAUAAAAAAUACAUAAAAACAUGGUGAAACUAUAGAGAGGCUCCGUGCAACCUCCUCCCAUCCGCCUUGGCACAAUAACCCAAAUGGAAGCCUUUAUGAAGCUCUGAUGGAAGCAGAGUGCGCUUUAUAAUGCACGGCCGUGCACACUACUACAUUUCCAGCUAAUCAGAAGCGCGCAGUUGCAGAAAGGAGAGCGGUUGCCAAGGCAGCCACCAAUCUCCCCUCCCCCUUCUCCCUCCGUUCCUCUUUCCCGUUUAUUAUCGGCAGAGGUCGCAUGGCAGAGGGAAGUCCAUCCACUUCUGUACUGGAACCAAUGCAAGAAUAUGCACCUCCAUAACAAAGCCUGUUUGGAGUCCUGAGAGCAGUGGGAAAACAGAGGCUGCACAUUUCUGUCCGAGUCUAUCUCACGAGACAGGAUCUAAGUUGGAGGUUUGCAUUGUUUUUUUUUUUUUUUUUUUUUUUUUUUUGGUUUUUUGUUUUUGUUUUUUUUGUUUUGUUUUUUUCUUUUGCCAACACGUGCGUAUCAAUGAAUUUGUUCUCUCCGUUUUGAGUGAGUGAGUGUUUCGCAUCCUGGUGCGGGGCUCUGAGGAGGACUGCGCAUCACCAGAGUUGGUGCCGAAGUUCGGCCGCGAACGGAUGUGAGGGAAGAGUGUGUACCGAGUAAAACUCCCCCACUUCUUUUUGUCUCUCCCGCUUUGGCGUUGUGUUUGCUGAGACAAUAGUGAGCCAAAGACGCUGAAAGUGAUUUCAUGCCUUCAGUCUCGCACAGCCUGAGAUGGACGUGAGAUUUUACCCUGCGCCCCCGGCAAAUGUGGGUUCAUGCUCUCUACCGACUGAUCCAAGUUGCCUGAGCUCGUUGGACUAUUAUCACUCGAACAAGGCCCGGUACAGUGUGGGUGAACGAGGGGUUAGGCUCCACACUGCCCCCCCUCCCGGCAUCAUUCCAUCUAGGAAAAGACUGCCCACUGCUGUGUUUGAUGGUGACAACAUGUACAUGAAUGACAAUAACCAAGAGUUUCGGUCGCCAAACCAGAGCUACUCCAGUCAGGGCAGAGGCAACGGCGGCGGCGGAGGAGGAGGAGGCGGAGGAGGAGGCGGAGCAGGGGAUGAGGACUACGAGAUCCCCCCCAUCACGCCCCCUAACCACGCUGAUCCGUCUCUGCUCCAUCUCAUGGAGCACGAGUCAGGUUACCCCUUCCACUCCCUGCCUCACAACGGCUUGCUCAACACCUACUCCUACCCCGAGCUGCCCGCCCUCAUGAUGUCCAACAUGCUGGGUCAAGACACUCACCUCCUCUCUGGGCCUAUGCACUCAAUAAGCGGCGAGAAGCGACCCUCAGCAGAAAUGAUGAAGCCCAAACCCAAACCUCAGAAGAAGAAGAAGAAGAAGGACCCCAACGAGCCACAGAAGCCCGUGUCGGCGUAUGCGCUCUUCUUCAGAGACACCCAGGCAGCCAUCAAGGGCCAGAACCCCAAUGCCACCUUCGGGGACGUCUCCAAGAUUGUGGCGUCCAUGUGGGACAGCCUAGGAGAGGAGCAGAAGCAGGGAUACAAGAGGAAAACCGAGGCGGCUAAGAAAGAGUACCUGAAAGCCUUGGCCGCGUACCGAGCCAGUCUGGUUUCCAAGACAUACAACGACCCCGAACCAAAAAGUGCCCAGCAGACCAGCCAGCCCUCCCACCUGCUGCCACCGAAGCAGCCCCUGUACAGCGUGCCCCCUCAGCCCUCCUCACCUUACCUGGGCCCGCCGGGCUCCUUCCCCCUGUCAGACCUCCAGGGCUACGGCGGCCCGCCUCGCCACACCCUGGCCCAGACCCUCAGCCAGUCCCAGAUGCUCCCGCCCAGCAUGAGUGCCUCUCCCCCAGCACCCUUCCAGAUUAGCCCGCCUCUGCACCCGCACGCCCAGCUCUCCCUGCACCAGAGCUCCCUGCUCAACCAGCCAAUCCGCAUGCAGCAGUCGCAGCCAAUCAUCUCACACCAAAUGGGGCUCCAGGCGCCUCUGCACUCCCCUCCUCUCGGCCAACAGGGAUUCUCCCAUAUUCAGGCUGAUUACCAGAACAGCGUCGGGGGCUCACAGUCUCCAGGGGCCCCCAAUCCAGUGCACGGCCAGAACCCCGACUGGGACAGCGAGUACUGCAACAGGGACUGCGGACCCAACCAUUGCGGCAGCGGCAUGGGAGCUCGGGACAAGCCUCUCUACCUCACUUGAAGUUGAAAGACCUCCAAAUGUCAGACUCCAGGGAGCUUUCUAACAUAACAACAACAUCAUCGAUGUCUCUUGCUUCUACACCAUUUUUGUUUUUCUUUUUUCGUUCUGACGGAUUUCGAAAUCCCAAAGACUGCUACAGUAACAUCACCUAUUUGCCAAGCACUUACAUCGGCCAGAAGCCUGAGGCACUUCUCUUGCUUAUUUUUUUUUUUUUUUUUUUUUUUUCCCCUUAUCAGCGAACUUUCCAUUUCUUGAGGGGGCAGAGAGCUCUAAGCUCAUGCCAACAUACUGGAAAUGAAGACCAAAAAAAGAAAUAAAAAUGUCUUCUCGUUUUGUUUUGAAUUUUUCACUCCAUUACUCUGUGUUUGCCAUGGACUGCCCUUAUUGGGGAGGUGAAAUGCUCAAAGCAUACUCAAAGCGUAGGGGGUCUUGGGUAGAAAAGCUAAUGCAGGAUACUAGAAUAUAGUCACCUCGUCGGGGGUGGAUGUACUUCAGGACAGACUGAGACACCCCGACUGAGUGAAAGCAAAGCAAACAUUUUAAUGAAGGUAUAGCCACAAACACAUUUGUAAAUCAUCCUUGCCCUUAGUAAAGGACUCCCCCGUUUCCUUUAUUUAUCACAGAGUGAUUGUAAAUAUCACCAAAAUGGAAUCCCUCUUUAUGUGUGUAUUUAGCUGCAGUCCCUUGCUUUUUUUUUUUUUUUUAACAUCCUUUUUUUUUUUGUUUGGUUAUGUGACAUUUGUGCAGGCGGAUUCAGUGAGGGAAUACACACACUAAAACUUGUGUUGAAACUGUGUUCACCGGUCUUGCGUCGCCCCGAUUAAGAGGGGAAACGCAACGACUGAAAGAUGCUCGAUUUCCUCCUCAACCGGUGGAGCUCUGAUAGGGAGUGUCACUCUCUUCACAUGACCUCAGGACGUUGCAGAACUGUAGGGGGUCAAAGAUUGAAACCUCUCCUUUUUAGCUCCUCCCCCUCUCGGUCAGUAAGGACCGCCUCCAUCCCCCCCACACCCCUCCCCUGCCCUCCCCUCCUCCCACCUGUUACCCUGCCCACCACCCUUUAGUCCCAGGCACCACUUGUACAGGUGAAUUAAAAAAAAAAAAGAAAAAAAUAAGAAAAAAAAAAGUUGCUAAAUGUGAAAUGUUACUAAAGAAAAAAAAAACAUAACAGUGGGUUUUAAAGUUUUUGACUAGUUUUAUUAGGUGUUUUAGAAUUGUGUUUAACUCAUCUUUAUCUUUUUUUGUGAAGAAAAAAAUCUUAAGAUAUUUUGUUCCUUUUUUUUUGUUUUUGUUUUUUUUUUUUUUUCACUGUAGCAGGAUUUGCAUUUCAGAGGAACGGUCAUGGGGGUAGAUAUUUUAAGUUUGUGAAUAAACCUGCCAAACGUACUUCUUUAAUUUGUAAAGCCAGUGAUGAGAGGACCCAUUUUUGUUUUUGUUGGAUAUCAUAUGUUUUACAAUAUGGUCAUUCUAUUUAAUUUGGUUGCAGGUUUCACAUCUAUUUAUGAAUGAUAUGAAGUAACAUUUUGGCUAAUUCUCAUCAGGGUGCAUUAUUAUUAUUAUUAUUAUUAUUAUUAUUAUUAUUGAUUAAACAACAUGAUUAUUAGAUUAAUAAAUAUUUUUUCAGAAAUUGUUGUUGGUGCAUCCACUGAUGCGCCGGCAUUAUAGAUUCAUUUUUUUGUGUCACAAAUACUUCUUUUUGUUUUUUCUUUUGUCUGUAAUAAAAUGUUUAAAGUGGAAA